CUCGUCCGCACUGUAAAAGCAUAGAAAUUGUUCCAGACUUACUAGGUCAAUAUACUUCUUCUACAUGCCGUCUGUGAACUACAUCCAGGGUGAUUUGUUCACUAAAGCUCCCCAGCGGUCCAUCCUUGCCCAUGCGUGCAACUGCCAAGGAGCCUGGAACGGAGGCAUUGCUGUCACCUUCAAGAAACAGUUCCCUUCCACCUACGCAAAAUACCAGGCCUACUGCCAGAAGUCCGAUGCGAGGAAGUUACUUGGCACAACCUUGAUCAUUCCCUCUACCCCCACAGACCCGGGUAACCACUCGCCAGAGCUCCAGAUCGUGGCGUGCUUGUUUACGAGUUCUGGCACCAGUGCGAAUAGAAGCCCGGAAGACGUUAUUGUGACGGCGACGGAAAAGGCCAUGGAGGAUUUAUACAGACAACUUGCCCAGAACGAGGAGUUGUGGGAUAACCUUGGGGUAGAAAGUAUCGCUGAGCUCGAAUUGCACAUGCCUAAGAUCAACGCGGGGUUGUUUGGAGUUCCCUGGGGGAAAACUGAGGCAAUAUUGGAAGCUUUCCCGAUCCAGAGCAACGUUUAUGUUAUUGCGGAGUAGGGACUUUGUUUCCACUUGAAUCUGAUUCGGUGGGAAGUCUACAAGCGUAAAUCCACUUGUACCGGUUAAAGAAGUAGUCUUCGAGAUAACCUCAACAUUUCCUAACCUUUGAACAGUACCCAGGGUUGAAAACAAGCACUAACAUACGGAGAAAUUUAUAAAUAGCUAGGUUAUGACAGGUUAUAUCUAGGCGAUGAGUGCUUCUCGUAACACAAACAUGCAAACUUAUCGUAACGGUAGCCCCUAAAAAGUGUACACAUAGACAGUUAGUAGACUAUAUAAUGAAAAUUACAGUAUGGUUGCGGCUAACAUCAUGAACCUAGCA